AUGGCGUUUUCCAGGUCGACCGUCUUCGUCGCUUUCACUCUUCUCACCAGCAUUGCUUCCGCUGUCAACAUUAAAAUCAUCGCCCAGCAAGCCUUUGGCAAUCCCGAUCCUUUCGAAUUUUCUCCCAACGAGAUCAACGCCGCAAUAGGCGACAUACUCGAAUUCCACUUUGUCGGCCCCGCCAAUGGUGUACUAGGAAGCAACAUGAGUGUCGCUCAGGGUGUCUUUGGUGACCCGUGCAAGCCGGCCGCAGGUGGUUUCUGGUCUGGCUUCAUGGGUGUCAACGCAACCUCCGCGGAAGCAGACAUGGUGUUUAAUGUCGAGGUUAACUCGACCGACCCCAUCGCCUUCUACUGCGCCCAGGGACCUCACUGCGCCCGAGGCAUGCACGGAGUCGUCAAUGGAGCCGGCGACCAAACUCUACGAUCGUAUCGCAACAGCAUUGAUGUAAACUUCGAUGCCACUAUCCCGACUGAGGAGCCUGGCUUCGGUGGAGAGCUGGUCGCAAACAACGUGUCAAAUAUCAUCCCAGCUGUUGAUCCGAAUGCCGCAGGCUCAAUUCAGGUUUCACUCAUCGCGACCUGUGCUGCGGUGGCUCUUACGUUAUUCGUAUAA